GGUCCAGCCGAGAACCAAGCUGGAACGCGCGAACAGAAUCGGGCAAAUGUUUUCCCACCACCACCACCAGCAAUUUACGCCUGAACGGUGGAAACACACUCGGCGUGCGGAGAGACACCGACAGCGGAAAAAGGGGGGCCGAGAGGUGUUCUGGGCCGCGAAUCGCAUCGCAAGAAACAACGCGUGGCAGUCGAACGUUGUGUUGCGUACGGUUCGGAUCAUCUCGUAUGGUGGCGCAGCGAUCGAAUCGUCGUCGUGCGCAAACCGGCGGUGUAUUUGAUACGCGAAUUGAACGAUAGCAGAGAAGGAGACAUCACCCCAAAACCACCCCGUUGCAGUUGUAGUGCAAUUCAAAAAAAAAAAAAAAAUAGAAACCAAACGAGCGAGCAGGAACACCUUCGCCGAUGACAGGAAGUUGGUCUGCCGCGGCUACUAUCAGUUACAGUGAAAACAAAAGUUCAACUCCACAGUGUGGUCCGGUGCUGAUUAGCAGCAGAAUCGAAGACAGAGCUAGUGACGCCAUUUGCACCACCUCAGUAAUUUCCUACCGAGCACUAGGUCGGUACUCGGUACUAGGUGCUCCGUUACGCAAUCCCUCAAUCAGGCAGGCAGCUCCUUCCAAAGCAAAGGUCCCGCAGGUUGGGAAAGCCGUCGCCGCGUCGGUUGUCCGUUAGCUGCUGCCGGCGUCGUUCCUUAAUUAGUUUAAUUGAAUCGUUUGCAUAAAACUUUCUACCCAAGGCACCGCAGUGGUCGGGUGGUCGCCGCCGGAGACAUUGCAGUUUUAGUCCGGGUUCGUAGUGCGUCGAGUGUCGUGAAAGUGUGGCCGCGAAAGUUCUAUUCCUCACUGGUGCGGUGUGUUCCUCGGUGACGAAACCAAGAUGGAGCUUUGGUUGGUGUGUUUGGGGCUGUUUCUGCGGCUGCUCAACACACUGCUCAAACCGAUCGUCGCGUUCAUCGGUGGCCCGAAACGGACCACCCCAUUUCCGGAGAUACGGAACGAUAUGCUCAACAUACCGGCGGUCGAUCUGGCGGAGCGGAUACGCAACAAGGAGCUUCGAUCGGAGGAUGUGGUGCGUGCGUACAUCGAUCGGAUCCGGGAGGUUAAUCCACUGAUCAAUGCCGUGGUGGAGGAACGGUUCGGUGCCGCGAUCGAGGAAGCAAGGAAAGCGGAUGUGCUGAUCAGCGAAACGCAACCGCUGUGGCUGAUCAAAAACUAUCCACUGCUCGGUGUGCCGUUCACGGUGAAGGAAUCCUGCGCCCUGCGUGGUGCCCCACUGACGGGCGGUUCGUUGGCCCGGAAGGGAGUGCGGGCGAGCGUGGACGGGGAGGCGGUCGCCCAUCUUAAGGCGGCCGGUUGCAUUCCGCUGCUCGUGUCCAACACGCCCGAGUACUGUUUGAACUGGGAAUCGUACAACCAUGUGACGGGCCGUACGCUGAACCCGUACGACAAUCGACGGACGGCCGGUGGUUCGUCGGGCGGUGAGGGUGCGCUGAUCGGUUCGGGAGCUUCGCUGUUCGGUGUUGGGAGCGAUGUGGCCGGAUCUAUACGUGUGCCGGCACACUUUAACGGGAUCUUUGGACACAAACCAACCGCAGGCGCCAUCUCUAUCGACGGUCACUUUCCAAUGUCGACUGACGAAAAGUUUGCCCGCCUGCUGACGGUCGGGCCGAUGGCACGGUACGCGAAGGAUCUGCCCACGCUGCUACACAUUAUGGCUGGCCCGAACGCGGCCCGGCUGCGGCUUGACGAGUCCGUCCACACGAAAGACAUCCGCAUCCUGUACGCCGAAGAUAUGGGCUUCAACUUGGGUCACAUCCCGGUGGACGACGACAUCAAGAUGGCACUGUAUCGGGCGGUGAAGUACUUCAAAGGCCACGGCCUGUCGACGGAGCGGGCCGAGUUUGAGCAUAUGGCCGAAGGGAUGGAGCUUGCGUUCAGCGUGCUGCAGUCGCUGAACGAUGUGCCGAGCAUCUUCCACAAUCCGGACAAUCCGAAAGCUACGCCCAGCCUGAUGGUGGAGCUGGUACGGUGCGCUCUCGGCCAAUCGCAGUACAGCCUCGCCGGUAUCAUGUUCUAUGUGAUAUUCGCGCUGAAGAACUUUUUCUCUGCCGAAGCGCUCGAAAACUAUAUGGAGCUGGCGGCGGGAUUACGCAGGCAGAUGAUCGAAACACUCGGAACCGAUGGUGUAUUUUUCUUCCCAACCUAUCCAACAUCGGCCAUCCGCCACUACGAAUCGUUCGGCCACAUUAUGGGCGUUGGGUACACGAUGCUGUUCAACUCGCUCGGACUGCCGGCAACCCACGUGCCGCUGGGGCUGGAUCGAAAUGGACUACCGAUCGGGAUACAGGUGGUGGCCGCACCGUACCAGGAUCGGUUAGGACUUUGCAUCGCCCGCGAGCUGGAGGCGGCUUUCGGUGGUUGGCAAGCGCCGAAGUGAAGCUAGGUGCCGUGGCCGGUUCCUUAAGAUGUUAUUUAAACGCAAAGCGGUUCAGUGAGGGAAGAUUUACUAAAUUCGGUUGUGUGCUGUACUUUAGCCUUUAAAUUAAUAAAUAAAUGCCCAUAAGGUGGGUUGUGAUUUUUUAUUAA